AUGGAUGAUCUAAACACCCCAACUCCACGUAACAGAUUCAAAAUCCACCAAGGCCAUGCUGUGCAUGGGUUCUUGUCUCAACAACCUCUUCCUGGCAGACUGCCUGUUGGAGUUGGUGAUGAUCAAGGUCGAGUCGGUAAAGAUCAUCAGAAAAACGUUUCCGCUGAUGGUGAUACUGGUUUGGUCUUGUUAUCACACAGCCACCUCCCUGACGAUCUCGAGUUUCCAGCAAGAGGGACGGCUGCCAGGCUUAAGGACAAGCGAAGUCGGCCAAACCACACGAAAGGAAAGUUGCCGAAAGACAAAAGAAAAAUGAGGGAAAAGCGUAGGAGCACGGGAGUUGUACACUGUAUGCCUGGUGCAGAGAGUACUGGUGAUUCUUUGGAAGAUGAAGAUGAUAAGGGCGAUGACAAUAAAGAUGCUGUCCAUGAUACCAAGAAGAAUACAGUGUACAACGAAAGUGGCACAACAUUGGGCCGCCCCCAUCAAGCUUCUUACGAGGUGAGCCCCUCUGGUCUUGACGCUGAUUUUGAGAACAGUCAAGAGUCGGACAGCAUAAUCAGACAAUCAGAAACAAACCUAACAUUGACUGGCCAGUCCGAGACAUUUGAGAAACCCCAGACUUCAACAGGUAGACGACUCGAUUCUGUCAGAGGAGUGGGUGGCAAGCCAGGUGCUAGAGGAUACAUGUCUAAAUAUUCGUCAGAAUCUGGUCAGGCAGGAAAUGUGGCGAAUGGGAGAAUCUCUAGUGGUGUGGAUUCUUUUAGAAACAUUACUUCCACUCCUGCAGCCCCAUCAGUACUAACUCGGUACUGUGAGACAUCUUCUCGACCAUCCAGCAUCACAGACACAAGCAGUGCUGCUUUCUCCGAGUUGGGUUUGGCGCGGAAGCUGAACAGCAUAUCCGUAGACUGCAACCAGAGCUCAAAGCCUAGACCUGCAGGAUUCUCUGUGUUUAAUCCCAGCGCAGGAUCCGGCCAGCAAGACAAGCCUGUCGGCCCAAACCAUGUCUCUGGUACAUUCAAGUUCAGCAGAGAUGGGGCCGUCGCUCGCAGUAAUCUAGGGACCCCUCUGUCAUCAGCUGCUGGGUAUCAGGCUCCUAGGACAUUUCAUACAUCAUCAUCAGGUUCCCUCCAGCAGCAGAGCGACACCAUUGUACAGCUGGAGAAGCAACUUGAGACCCAGAAACAGGAAAACCUCCAGCUUCAACAAGCCGUGAGCGUCAAAGAUCAACGCAUCGCUGAGUUGCAGAAAGAAAUAGAACUACUUAACAAGGAGUGUGAUGACCUAGAUGUGGAUAACAUGCAGCUGCAAGAAGAGAACCGGGCACUUAUCCGAGCCAUGUCAAAGCUGACAUCCAGCUCAUGA